UGCAAGCGGGCAAUACAAGUUCCUUUUCAGCUUACCUAGUUAGGUAGCCAUCACUUACAAUGAGGCUAAACAUUCCCUUACCUAGCUGAGCUGACUAUUGAGUAGGCGGCUGACGAUAGUUGACCCUGUGGCGCGCAUCACCAAGGCGUAGAGCCAUGAGCCAGGCACCAUUUCAGCAGAGUGGAAGCAAUAAAUUGAUUCGGGCGGAAUUAUCACACUGAGAAGGAAUACCUUGGUUUAUAAAAGUCGACAGUUCUCUUGUCUUUCGAGAGGUCUUGGAUAGAGACAUUUUCUACUCACCUUGAACAGUUUCACCCGGAUUCAUCGAUUCUAUUCCAACCUUAAACAUGUUUUCUCGGCAUGUGCUCUAUGGUCUCGCCCUACUACAGGCCUUUGUAGCAAGUUCCCCUUUACCUCUCGACACUGUGCCUCAUUAUUUUCAGAAAAACCCCUUCACGCGUCGUGAGGUACCAGUUACUCAAAUUGCCAAAGAGCUGGGCGCAAUCAUCUCUUCCCACUCAGCCAUAUACCUACCCUCAAAUUCGUCGUUCGCUGAUGUCACUCAUCGCUGGAACACACUUGCUCCCCCUGACAUUCAGAUCGCGGUGCAGCCAGCAGAGGAAUCGGAUAUUUCGAAGAUUGUGAAAUAUUGCAAUCAAAACAGCCUCGAAUUCCUAGCAGUCAACCGUGGACAUGGUUUCACUACGUCUCUCAGCAAAUUUAAGGGCGUGCAAAUUGACCUGAAGCUGUUGAAAAGCAUGACCAUUCAGUCAGAUAAAAAGUCUGCAUUAUUUCAAGCCGGAUCAUGGGCCCACGAAGUCAUCCCCGCUCUAUGGGAUAAAGGUUACGUUACAGCUACUGGAUCCAACGAGUGUGUUGGUAUUGCCGGGCCUGCUCUGGGUGGAGGUCACGGGCGCCUCGAGGGCCUUUACGGCCUUGUUUCCGAUAAUAUUGUUCAUCUGAACGUUGUAUUAGCAGAUGGCUCUACAAUUUCUGUCAAUGAGACGAGCAACAACGAUCUCCUCUGGGCAAUGAAAGGAGCUGGCCAUAAUUUUGGCAUUGUUACAAGCUUCAAACUGAAGAUCUACCCAAUCCAGUCAAAGACUUGGCACUAUCACAACUACUACUGGACGCACGACAAGCUUGAGGCAGUGCUAAAGGAGUUGAACAAGAUUCAAGACAAUGGAAAGACACCCGUCCUAUUAGGCGCGAGCUAUGGGCAAAUAUCUUUGAAUGAAACUCUUAACAAGAAAGAGGCCACUCUCUGGUGGACUUUUGCCUACGGUGGCCCUGCUGCCGAUGCUGAGAAGAUACUGAGCCCAUUUAACGCAAUUGAAGCUCUUUCUCAAGAGAUCGGUGAUGUCUCUUAUCCGGAAAUUAUCUUUCCGCAAGGCACCAGUAAUGCGAAUUGUGUCGCUGGAUCACUUGCCAUUGCUACGUCUUUGCUCAAAACCUAUAACAUCACGGCGCAGCGCCAGACAGUUGACCUUUUUAACAAAAACCUGGCCUUAUACCCGGAUCUUGCGAAAUCCUCUAGACUUUAUCUCGAAGGCUAUGCAACCAAGGGAAUGCAGGAUAUAGACGCUGCCUCUACCGCGUAUCCCCACCGCGAUCAAAACCACUUGAUAUUCUUUACGACCACUGUUCCGAAGGGAUCAAACCUAUUAGAGCCAGCCAAGACUUGGGCUAAAGACACUUGGGAUCUCUGGAACGCUGGCCAGCCCGGACAGAAGCCGGCGAUGUACGUAAACUACGCGACCGGGAAUGAUUAUGAGUCUCUUGAAUCUAUCUACGGGUACGAUUCAUGGCGAUUGGAGAGACUGAGAGGACUGAAGAACAAGUAUGACCCACACAACCGCUUCCGCUUUUACGUUCCGAUCAUCUCAUCUUGAACAUCCCCUCCUUCCCCCCCCUCGAUCAGGGAUACUGUACUUUUCUUGAACCUUCUUUCUUUCUCUUAUCAUACAUUUUUCAUUAGAUUUGGGUUACAGGAUAGACGCAUGUAUUUUCCAAUUAUGUACAUUUAGGGUUGCAUUUUCCGCGAAGAAGGCUAUUUAGAUAUAAGACAAUAGAGCCUUGAAGAACUCAAUACCGAUUUAAGCAGCGUGUAUGAAGAUCGAA